GUUUUGCAAUCCCGCUUGCACAUUUGAAUUUUGGGCAACGACUCAGCGCCCCGAGUCUUGCGAGCCCUUUGACGCUUGCUGACGGGCCCUAUUACCCACUUUUGAUUUCCAUCCACCCCUCCCGCGGCGCCUGGCACCCACAUUCGCCCUGGGCGCCCGCCGCCCGCAUCUCAAGGUUUCUCUCCAGGGGGUCGGAACGAACCUACAGUAUGCCUCAGCAGAGCACGCACAGGUCACUCAGCCCGGCCCAGCCCGGCCCAGCACAGCAGAGGGCCCAGCCUGGGGGCAAGGGACGGCUCGACCUCCCCGAGCCCGAGGCCACACUGCAGUGGUCGUCCUCGUACUCCGUACUCCGUACAACACUGAUUCCUAGGUGGUACCGUAGAACCGUAGGCUCGUCAUGUGCCUGAAUCAUUCACUCCGUUCCUCUCUGUCUGGGCUGUCGAGUGUGCCCUAACCCAGGAUCGUGCCUGUGUGUUUACACUGUGUGCGUGCUUGUGCUUGUGCUUUUGGCUUUAGGUGAUGUAUACCAGUAUGUGCUGUGCUGUGCUGCAUGCAGUCCACAUUUAUUAUUAUUGUCAUCACCCCGUAGCAGCAGGGCGCACCACGCAGCCCAGCACCAAGUAGAGAGAAGACUGGCGGACUGGCGGACUGGCGGACUGACGGACUGACGGGUGAGUCGACAAGUAGGCAGACAGAUAGAUGCACAGACGGGCGGCUUCAGCCUGGCCCGUUCCAUCAUCAGCUGCGGAAUGACCCCAGAAUCAGCCCAAACCCUCGCCCUGCCAAUCUAACCCGCUCGUGACGUGACACAUGGCACAGGUCAGUCACCACAAGACCAUUCUUCUCGACUGUCUCUUGGGUCCCUGGGGGGGAGAUGUUAUCAACAAGCAUUGAUGCUGCAGUAAUGACGGCGUGGGCGGCGUGGCUGCGUGGGCGUUGUGGGUGACGUGUGCCACACUAGGGGAACUUUGACUCUUUUUCAUGCUUUGCUUUUCUCACGAGUCCCCACGGCUUCUCAGCCUCAAAGUUUGGGCGGCGCCCAGACAUAGCCAGACCGACUCGAUUCUAGACUCGGUAGAUUCUGGGUGCCCCCCCAACUGCCCUCGGUCAUUGUGCAGCAACGGCAGCAGUAAACGGCAGCAGCAGCAAGGAGCAACCUGCCCAGCCGUUCCUGCCCAUCUCGCUCCCAGUUCUGCUCGUGCAGGCUGCAGUGCACGCACUCCCGCGCAAUUGCACCUCGCACUGCACUCGGAAUACCACCGUACGGAGUACCCAGAAACUAUACGCUACUACCACCACCACCACCACUACUACUACUAAGAUCCUCGCCUUCCCUGACACCCCCCCCAAUCUAUACCUGACCGACACCACCUCGGCCGCACCCCCGUCCCACCUCCCUUGUCCCGUCCAAUCUUAUUGCUUGUCUCUUGUCUUGUCUUGCCGACCAGGCUCGGCUGGUCGACUAACAAACCCAGAAAACGCCAACGGCCAGCUCCCUGUCCGCCUGCCUGCUUGCUCCGCCUUGUUUUCCCAGGUUACCUUGGCUGCCAGCUUCGACGACGGUUGCGAGCCAGCCAAACCAGCCCCGUCCCAAACCUAACAACUCGAGGGCCCGGGAAACGGAGAAACGCAGCAGAGACUGCAUUGCAUUGGCGUCGCAUUUGCCUUCUCAAGCCCGCCUCCAGCCUCCAGCGAGAUCCACCCAGAGCCUCGCCUCGCCUCGCCUCGCCCUGCUUGGCCUGCUCCCUCCACCAUCCGAGCUUGCUUGCUGAUCAACCGUCUCGACCCCAACCUCGUCAGUCAGUCAGUCAGUCCACCGGCCAAGUCAGUCAGUCACUCACCUUGUCGACCUGUCAGUCAUACACACAUACACACAGGCACGUACGAGGCUCGCGCACAUACAUACAUACGUACACACCCGCAAGGCAGCCAGGUCAGCCAGGUGCUGUCCAUAUUGUGCAGUUCAUGACCUGAUUACGAGACAUUGUGUAUCCACGCGAACCGCCAUUCACAGCAUAGCGCAGCGCAAGCGCAAAGCAUCCCAUCAGAUCGCAUCCAUCGCGCCCAUCGCAUCCACCGCUUCAUAUCAUUUCCCGUCUCAAGCGCCGCCCACGAGCACGGUUGGGUGGGCUCAGGUUGGGCCCUUGCUAAAUCGGUUGGACUGAGACUAGCCCUGUCCCAACGCCGGCCCCACGAUAGAACAGCGCUGGUGCCUUGGUCGGUCGCCAGUCGGUGUCGCUGUCGGUGACCAGGUGUCACUGUCAGUGUCAAGUGUCAGUGGGCAGCGCGCAGUUUACUACUCAGUAUCUCGUGCUACGGGGACUGUCGGCUCGGCUCUGGUCUGUUCUGGUCUGGUCUGGAGUAACAGCAAAAAGCCGCCCAUCCCUCCCGACCCCAGGUCGAAAAACCCCCUCACCAGGGGACCCGUGGUCAAGCACCAACCCAGCGCCUCCCUCUCUUCAUACCCCCAUCAUCCUUGCCGCCCGGCGUGUUCCCCCGGUUUUUGUUCCCAGCAGUUUGUUUGCCCCGCUCACCCUGUCGCUUUGGGGACUGGACUUGGGGGACCCGGUCACGCGCCAAGCAUUUCCCCAUAUCAUUAAGAGGCUCUGUUUCGCCGCAUUCCUAGGCUUGGGGCUCUGCGGGCUACCUCGUUUACACCGUCCUGGACACCUCCACUCCCCAACCUUCCCGCCUGACCCUCACCCUCGCGCCCUACCGCUGCCUGGGCCACAACACCCACAAACUGCCCCCUUGGAUGACCACGACCACCGCGCAACAAAGGCGUCCUCGCCCAUUGUUCUAGCCUCCGUCUAGCCGAUUUCGUACCACCCGGCGCAAAGGUGCCGCCAAGGGAAACGAGAGUGGACAGGGAGAAACACAACCCACACCCAGACAAACGCUGCCCGUACUUCUCUACAUACACACACCUGCCCACACAACAAGACAAGAGGGCACAAAAGAGCUAGGGAACGCAACGCGAACGAGUGGGCUUGGCCACCGCGUGAGAGGAUCGGUCGUUCAUAGGACGGGUUUCUUGCUGGCGCCUUCGCGAGGACGGCAGCAUCGGUGGAGCCGUGUGCGCACGCCUGUUCCACCAAGUUCGGCCCUAUGACCCAGCCUCCUACUCUCAUGGCGAGUUGACCACACACGUACGCAAAGCUGCGAGCACACCUGAAGCAAUGACUACAGCCACUGCCCCGGCGCCUGCCCACGACGUGUACGACCCGGAUGGUGUGGUGCCCCGGAAUAGUCCCUUGCUCGUCCCGAAAAAGGUAUCAUUCCGACCAAGCAUAAGUCCUCCACCAGACAUCCCGCUGGUUCAAGUCAGUCCAUCUCCCAGUCGUGGUAGCAGGAAAACUAAACGUCGAUACAAGGUACGUCCAAGUCAAGGCGAUGCCGUUCUGAUAAAUAUCAUGGACAAUGGAAGGCAUCCGGACAUCGCUACCAUGGCUGGUCAGGAGGCAUUACCGAGCGACUCGGAGGAAGCCUCCAGCAGCCCCGACACGGACAGCUCGGUGGACGACCUGGAUAUCAUGGCCGACUCCGACGAGCUAGGAGGAACAAAAGGGGCUGACAAGGGGCCUACACGGCCCGGCGAAAAGAAUGGCGCCCAGCCGGGCUCUCCUGCCGACCUGCAGACGCUAGCUGGAGGCGCUCUGGCGGCCCUGGCCUUGGGCGAUCACAAGUCUCCCAGCGAGGACGGGCGCACAACGACGACUGUCGGGGACACGAAUUCGGAGGCGUCGAGACCUUCAGAGUCGUCACCUCCCGCCGUGCCCCGGCCCGAGACAGCCAUCAGGAGAGACGACAGGCCACAACCCGUUUUUCCUGCCCCGUACAGUCCUCCCGACUACUACUCGCCUCGAACUGGGACUUUCGCAUCACCUACGAGCAGCGUCGCGGGUCAUGGCCCCGGCGAGCUCCCGCCGAUCCAGAAUGCCUCACCAAGGUCAGAGUCAAAUGCCGGCAUCGCGCUUCCGUCCAUCAGAGACCAUCUGGGGCCUGAGGCGCUCUCUCCCGCAUCGUUCCAGCAGUCUCCACCUUCCUUACCGGGCCCCAAUAUGACCCGGUUGCCAUCCAUCAGCCAUGCCUCUCCGCCCAUCUCACCGCAUGAGCUCUAUGCCCGCGACCCCCGCUCGCCGCACUCUGUCUUGUUGCCACCCAGCCCGUACUAUCCUUUCCCUCCGGGCGGCAUGACACAUCGACCGAGCAUCGACUACAACAGCGGCAGCACGCCAAGCACGGAUCAUUCAGCCUCCACGCCUGCGACUUCGACGCACUCGGUCGCGGAUAGAAUGAGCCUGGACGGGAUGGCCUUUUCAAAUCCUCAAGAUGUGGGCCAAUACGUCUGUAAAUUUGAGGGGUGUAGGGCCCCCCCUUUCCAGACUCAGUAUCUUCUCAACUCUCACGCGAACGUCCAUUCUCAAUCCCGGCCGCACUAUUGCCCAGUGAAGGGGUGUUCUCGAUCGGAGGGCGGCAAGGGUUUCAAGCGCAAGAACGAAAUGAUCCGCCAUGGGCUCGUCCACGAGUCUCCUGGAUACGUAUGUCCGUUCUGCCCAGAUCGGGAGCAUAAAUAUCCCAGGCCGGACAAUCUGCAGAGACACGUUCGAGUUCACCACGUGGAUAAGGACAAGGACGACCCGGAAUUACGCGAUGUUCUGUCGCAGAGACCAGACGGCCCAAGCCGUGGUCGAAGACGCCGAGGCGGACCGAUCUGAUCAACAUGAAUGACGGGAGCCGGCGCAUCAGUAAACCCUUCAAGUUCGAUUCAUCUUACACCUGUACAUAUUCGACCUUUUGACGAUACCCCUCCCAAACACGGCUCUGUAUACAGACAGCCUGACAAUAUCCACUUCUCGCUCGCUGUACAUAUUUUUUUUUUCGACAACACUUGUUCCUUUUGUCUUUUUACUGGAUUCUGCCAAGGAACGGCCGCACAACCCUGGGGGUAGUCUACAAAUCAGGCCGUGCCCUUUAUUGUUGGUCAUCCUCUGGUGUUGGCUUUUUUGAAGAAUUGGCUGAGAAAAUGGGAUGGGCGGACGAUUCUUUUCGCAAGCGGGCACCUCAAAGCCCGCGUGGUAUGUUUAGGCUAUGUUACCACGUGAGUGGGCAGGAUUUUGGAACUCGGUUCCUUCACGUGGCUUUGGGGUGAUUUUUUGAAGUGAUGGGAUUGGGGGUGGAUUAUUCAGAGCUCCUCUCGGCAGAGAUGGAUUGCAAUGUGUAUAGCAGACAACAUUGAGCUAGCUAAAUGCCCUGGCCGCUUUACCUUGC